UAUGCGACAUGUUUUGUGUGUUUAGUCAUUGCAGGAUCUUGAUAGGCGACACUACAAGUGUGUACUGCAUUGCCCUAUGCAAGAAAACUGAACUAGAACAGUCACCUGCUUUUGCAGAGUAAACAUUAGCUAUGUAGCUUAGCAUCGUGACUCGAGGGAGAGCAAGCAAAACGUUAUUAUUCUCCAAUAAACUACCCCCUCGUGCGUUUUCACCCAAUUUUUCGUCAUCUACAAGGGAUGUAAUGUAUGUCCGGAACGACACCAUGUUUUUGCAGGGCUAAACCAACAUUUAAAUUAAUUAUUUUCAGACGCCACCGGUGCCACCUGGUUUGAUAUAGCGGAGUGCAGUGCGUUUAAAUGCAGGAUUUUUGCAAGCAUUUCGGUCACACAAGACAUGUCGGUACGAUCACAUAAAAUACAUUUAUAGACGGAGCUCGCUUCUGGGUAGCACGUAUGAAAGUAACAUCUGAUUUUGCCUCCUAUAAUUUGAAUAAAGACAGCGAAUAUAGUUUACUAAUGGGGGGAACUACUUUGCUAUUCCAGGCUAGUAGUAGCAUUCCAUUCCAUAUGCUAAAUACUUUGAUAUAUAGGAGAAAUUUAAUAAAUAUAGCAGAGAAAUACUAAAAUUUAUGGUUUAGCUCAAGCAGGAAUUGAACGUUGUUUUGGAGGCUGCGUACUUUGUGAGGUAGGACGUCUGCGUAUUGACGUCAUUUCCGACUCCUCAAACCUGCCUGCAUAAACAUCGUAACGGUAGCGAUGGGGAGAAGGGUAACGCCACCAAGCCAAAGUGAUGAUUUUUAAACUCUCCAGCAGUCAGAAAAUUCAACAGAUUAAUUCCGCGUUAGCUGGAUAGCCGGACACCAUGGAGGAGCCGUGGGAUUUUGAGUUUUUGUCCCGCAUCGCUGACGGCUGCCUGUCGUUUCUCUCGGAGUUUGUGGACGACUGGCUCGCCAACGACAUGAGAGUCUCUAUAUUCAAAAUCCUACUCAGCUGGUUAAUUGUCAGCCUCAUCGGAAUUCACUUUGCGUGGAAAGUCUACGGGAACACAGUGAACGAUAUGUAUUAUCGACAAGGGACUGGACAGAACGGAGGCACACCUGAUACAGCUCCUCACCUCAGUGGAUGGGAAAGUCGAGCAGGAGACACUCUGAAGACUCAUCGGGAUUAAAAGGACAUCGAUCUUUGGACUUUAUCCAAGUGAGGGCUGGACAGUUUGCAUCUCCCAGAGACAUUAGAUGUAAGUUUUGGCCUUCAGUGCAAAGAAGACUGUCUCAGGAUGGCCUUACCAUCUACCAACCCCACACCAAAACAUGACUUUUUAUCCAUAACAAGUGUCACACAGAACAGAAUCUUUUUCUGCAUUAAAAAAAAACUAAACUGA